UCCGACAUGUUCUUCAUUCAUCCAGCGGACUCAUUCGCUCGGGCGGUGGUGAACUCCAGCAGUGUACAUGUUCACUUCUAUUACUUUGACUACAAUGGCACCGGCUCCUCGGAUUACGGUAUGAUACAUGCUGGUGAAACAACGUUUCUGUUUGCGGGUGGCUUAUUUAAACCAGACACAGACCCUAAUUCCGACGAUGGGAAAGUGUCAAAUCAGUUGACAACACUGUGGACAAAUCUCUCAAAAUACGGGGAUCCUGCGCCUUCUGGAAAUCCAAUGGCCUGGGAAAGGUUGACGGCCAGUGCUGCCAACUAUCUUGAUAUGAAACUGGAAUUUGUGACACGUCAAGACAUGCUCAAGGAACGGAUGGAUUUCUGGAGAGAAAUACUAAAUUUGCAAUGAGUUACAUGCCGUAAUAUUUCGUGUCAUGUACUGUUCAACGCAAAAUAAAAGUGGCUUCUGUUUAA